UUUAAGUAGAUUAGGUGGAGCAGGGAUGGAAAGGGACUGUUUACUGGCAUCAUACUGUAGUGACAACAGCGAUGGCUUUUCUGUGGAAACAUUUAUGGAUCCUCGUCCUUCAUCUGCGUUCAUCUUCCUCAUUCCAUCAACAACCUGCCAGCAGCACAGCGUCUGUAGUCAUAGAUGACGGAAGCAAUGCGAGGAUGAGGAACAAAAAUCAUUUGGUCUUCACUGGGGAACUAGAGAAUCCACAUUUCUCACAGAGAAAGUUGCUCCAAACAACAGGAGCUGCACUUCCCUUCUCUCCUCUCAAGGUGUUGUCCAACGGAGAGCCGUGCAUCCUGUUCCAGGCGAGGAAACUGUCUCUUCGCUUUGAGAAGCAGAAACCGGUGGACCUGACGGAGCUCGCCUUUUCUCCUCAGAAGGUUGUCGACACGAGGGAGUCUCUCUGCCGACAGGAAACGGCCACGCUGGUUAUGAGGUUUGGAGAUGUGGAGGAUUUGAGAGACUUGUCAAUCAGAUUUCAGCUGUCCAACACGUUUUAUGAGUCUUCAGGUCAGUGGUGGUUCUCGGUGGACAGAGUCUCUGUUUCCUACAACACCUCUGAGGAGGUCGUCUUCAACGCCACAGAGGUUUAUGCUCCGGCCGCCGCCUCCUACCGCUGCCUCCAUGUCAGCAGUCUGCAGAGAUACAGCGGUCUGCUGCUGCCCAGCACUGAGCAUGCUCAGCGCUGGGCCAUCACCUUCAUCGACUUCCAGAUCCAAGCGUUCAACGUCAGCUCGGGGACGUUUUCUCCUGCCAGCAACUGCACCACGGUGCUGACCCCGGCCAUCCUGAUGGGCCUCAUCACAUCCCUGAUCCUGCUGCUGGUUCUGGCCUACGCCCUGCACAUGGUGGUCCACCUGAAACACAUCGAGCACGACGACGACCAGAAGGCCGACAUCUACUUCCCUCACAGCCCCGAGCAGCUCGACCACUGCUGUGAAGAAACCUCCGCGGAGAAGAACGUGAUGUAGGACAAACGGAGA